AGGAAGAGAGACACACACGACGGAGGAGUGACACGCACCGACCUCUGCGGGGAGAUACCGUCCACUCGCUCCGUGCUUUGAUGAGAAGUGACUUCUUCUUCUUCGCUUCAUCGUCCCUCAGCUCUGGUGAAAGGAAUACUUCGGAAUAAUUUGAUCCUGAGGAGUGUGAAAGAGGAUGACAUUUGGGCGAUUUGCUCGUCUUUAACGGCAGCUUGGUCCGUAACGUUGGGAGCGCAUAGCGCACGUGAUCUUUGGAUUACUGCACCGCUGAAAUAAUCAACAUGAACCAAGUUGGUUGAUAAUUUUCUGCCCUGCGUCCACACGUUACAUGCUGCCGUCCCAUUUCGUGCCCCGAUCCAGAUGAGAGAUCCCCCUAUUGGAACUGAACCGCUUUUACGCAGCCAGUCCCAGGAGCGCAGCGCCAGCAACCAGAGCGGUGAUCUACACCGCACCGGAGCGGAGAGACCGUCCGUUUCCACUCUCACAUCGUGUCCCUCUCCCACGGAUCCUUCGCGCCAGGCUAAAAGGCUUCCUAUACGGAUCAUAAAGAUGUUGACUGCGCACAGCGGCCACUUGCUGCACCCGGAGUACCUCCAACCCCUCACGUCCGCGCCAGUCAGCAUUGAACUGGAUGCCAAAAAGAGCCCUUUGGCUUUGCUGGCCCAGACAUGCUCUCAAAUUGGCAAACCCGACCAGUCCUCCUCUUCCAAGCUGGCCUCUCUCUCCUCUGGCAGUCUGGGAGACAAGGAGUCGUCCAGCCGCUCUUCCAAGCCUGGAGAGCAGCACCAUUCCCUGGAGGAUAAGUCCAGCUUCAAGCCUUAUUCUAAGUCUCCGGGAGACUGUCGGAAGGAUGUUUCUGUAACAAAGGGGCCUUUGGAUAAAACAGCAUUUAGGGUGUCGAAUGGAAGCUCCAGCAAUGGCACUACUUCAUGUCCAUCCUUUCCUCCCCAUUCCCAGUCACCCAGCUCCAGCUCUCCUCCCCUGCACACUCAGAGUCAGCCCCAGAGACAAAGCCAUUCCCCCUCCACACAGCCCCCGCCACACUCCCAGGCCCCGCACACCGACAACAAAACUGGGAGCUCAGAGCAGGCCGGCUCAGACAGUAACAGCCACAGUGCCGGCAAAAAAGACUCAGAUGCAGCUAAAUCAGGUAUGGAUGGGGCUCAGUUAGCCAACUCAAGCCACAUCCGGGCCAGUGCCAACUCCAGCAACGCCAGCUCCGCCAGCAGUCCACGGCCAGAGAGCAAGACCGACCCACAGGCCUCCUCACAGCCGAGCUUGAGCUCUGGGCACAUCGCCCCAGUCUCCCCUUUCAAACCAGGACACUCUGUCUUUCCUUUGCCUCCUGCAUCCAUGGGCUACCACGGCUCCAUUGUGGGGGCCUACGCCGGCUAUCCCUCCCAGUUUGUUCCAGGCUUGGACCCCACCAAGUCUAGUCUGGGGUUAGGACUACCAGGGAAGCACCCCAGCUCCAGCCCACUCACUGGAGCUUCACCUCCGUCCUUGAUGCAGGGUUUGUGUCGGGACCCGUACUGUCUGACUUACCCUAACGCCCCACACCUCGGAGGAAGUAACUGCUCCACCUGUGUUCACGAUCCCACCAGCCUAAAGUCUGGUUUCCCCCUGGUUUACCCCUCUCACCAUCUUCAUUCACUGCACUCCAGCGCCUUGUCUUCCAGCACCACCCCAUCCCUGUCUCACCCCCUCUACACCUACGGUUUUAUGCUCCCCAAUGAGCCGCUGCCUCACGCCUGUAACUGGGUGUCUGUUGGAGGUCCUUGUGACAAACGUUUUGCCACAUCAGAGGAGCUUCUAGCCCACCUGCGUACCCACACUGCCCUGCCAGGGAUGGUGGACAGUAAGUUGUUGUCAGCGUAUCCUUCAUCAGUGUCAUCCACAGCAUCCUGCCACCUCCACUUGCCCCCACCCAGCAGCCCCGGUACCUUGCCCAGCUCCUUCUCCCUCAGAGGCUCACCCGGCCUGGGCCUGGCCCGCUAUCACCCUUACAGCAAGUCCCACCUGCCUGGAGCACCCGGACUCCCCAUGCCGUCCCUCCCCUCCUCGUCAGCCUAUUACUCCCCCUAUGCCCUCUACAGCCAGAGACUGGGCUCAGCCUCAGCACUCGGAUACCAGUGAUAUUAGAAAUAGUGUUGACACCACAGACUGCAGGCAUCAGCUUGGACUCUCCGGAGCGCCCCUGAAGAUAGGAUUCUUGAAAUUGGGGUCAUCACUGGUACGGGGCAUUGUGCCUGCUGGCCUGCCUGCCAGGAAUACCACCUGUUAGCCUCAGGAUUGUGACUGGCGCCACGAAAGCAAAGACCCUGUGAUGGAUAAUAUUCAGCACAGAACCAAGAGACUUAAAUAAGGCAGGGCACAGAGCUUGAAAAUGACAGAAAUGUGGGAUUAUUACGACUUGUUUUAUUUUUUUUCUUUAUAUCUGUCUCCCAGAAAUGAAAGUCUGUAUUUAUUUUUCACUCAAGCGCUUGGUAUUCAACUCUGGGGGUGAAUUUUGCUGUCCAAAUAAUUGUCCUGAAGUAUUUUAACUGCAAAGAAUGAUUUAAGUAUAUUAACACUAUGCCUAUCAAACACUCUAAAAAUAAAAAUCUUGCACCAAGAAGAAGAAUGGACUGUGAGACUUUAUUCUGGGGACCUUUUUUUUUCUCCUUUUAACUCUGCUGUUGAUUUUUUUUCUUCUUCAUCCUGUUGAAACUCUGGAGAACUGCAUGUCCAUGAGAAUGAUUUUGAACAAUGCCAUUAUUUUUAUUUGUAAAUAUGCAAAGAUGUAAUAUUUUUUCAAGCUUGCUUGGGGUCAGCCCUGCAAAUGGUACAAAGAUAAGACAAAGUGACGUAAAUAAAAUAAUAACUGAUGGCUGUGCUAUCCAACCACCAAGAA